UAAACAUAAAAAUAAUAUUGUGUGAGAGGAGGAAGUAACAGAUCCACCGCCCCCAGAGUCCAUUGGAGGCGUCUGUGAGUCUGUGCAUUUCAUUUUCAUGGAAUCAAAACCUCUCUUUAUAACAUUUCAAAUAUAAAUAAAUAUUACUCUAAAAAUAUGAGCACUAGUAGUUCAACUUCAGCUUUUACGGUGUCGCAGUGGCACGAGCUUGAGCAUCAAGCCCUCAUCUUCAAGUACCUCAAGGCCGGCCUCCCCGUCCCGCCCGAUCUCCUUGUCCCCAUUCGCCGGAGCCUUCAGUUGAUCUCUUCAAGUUUGUUCCACCACCCCGCUCUGGGGUAUUAUGGGAAGAAAAUUGAUCCGGAGCCGGGGAGGUGCCGGAGAACUGACGGCAAGAAGUGGAGGUGCUCCAAAGAUGCACAUCCGGACUCCAAGUAUUGUGAGCGGCACAUGAACCGAAGCCGUUACCGUUCAAGAAAGCCUGUGGAAUCACAAAUUGGGACCACCGCUGCCCAAAAUCCCAUCACUGAUUCAACCAAUCUCUCACGCUCUCCCUAUUGGAUCACUAAUAAAGACUACAGGUGUGUCCAAGGACUGAAGCCUGAAGUAGAUGAUGAUGUCUUACCGAUAGCAUAUGAGAGUGUGAGGAGUUUUGGGAUAAAUUCUUCUGCAGAUGGUGCAUGGCAUCUUACAGCGUCUGAAAAUCCCUCAAACCGUCUAUUGGAUCAGAGAAAUGGUGCAUUACUUCAAACUAGUUGCUCCACUGUGCAGAUGCUACAAGAUUUUGACCCAAUGACUACUGAUGCGGCAAUAUCAAAACAACAGCAACGUUAUUUCUUUGGCAGGGAGUUUGGCUCACCAAGGUCUGCCAAACAGGAGAAUCAGUCCCUUCAGUCUCUUCCAAAUGAGUUGCCUAAAACCAUAGAUUUUGGUUACUAUCUGGAUGAUCAGAGAGCCAAUAAGAACUCAUCAUCCACAACUCAACUAUCGAUGUCCAUCCCAGUGGCUUCCUCUGAAUUCUUUGCAAGGUCUAGUCACUCUUCAAAGGGUAAGCUCAAUCCCACCUUGUUCAAAAUAUUAAAAUUAUGAUUUCUUACCUUUAUAUUCAUUUUAUGCAGAUGCCUCUCUGGAAAAAUUUCUGAGUUAGAGAUGUUAUGGGUUUGUUAGGAGACCGGUCUAAUUAAUUGUCUUUGUAUCAUUAUGUUUGAGUUCCCACUUUUGUUGCAUUAGCAGCUUGUGUACUUAUAAGUUGUGGGAUUUAACUUUUCUCUGGAAUCUAGCUGAAUUAUCUUCCAACUUGUAGUGUGUACUUAAGUUUACUGUCUGGAAUAAAUGUGCUACGAAUUCGUGUUGCUUGAAUAUACAUUGGUUUAUCUGAACUUUUAAUCUUUGAGAUUUUUCAUUGGAGUA